CGGCGCCCACCUCCUUGCAGGCCCGGCCCCGUGUGCACGCGCCCCGGCCGCCUGGCGCCCCGCCCGCGCCUCAGGACCGGCGGGGCCGCGCGGCGCAUCCUGCAGGCGGCGGCAGCGGCGGGCGCGGCGGGCGCGGCGGCGGUAGCCGGCCGCAAGAUGAUGAAGUUUCGGUUCCGGCGGCAAGGCGCCGACCCGCAGCGAGAGAAACUCAAGCAGGAGCUCUUCGCCUUCAACAAGACCGUGGAGCAUGGCUUCCCCAACCAGCCCAGCGCCUUGGCCUUUGAUCCUGAACUUCGCAUCAUGGCCAUUGGCACCAGGUCUGGGGCUGUCAAGAUCUACGGUGCUCCUGGUGUGGAGUUCACAGGCCUGCAUCCAGACACUGCCACCAUCACCCAGAUACACUUCCUGCCCGGCCAGGGCCGCCUCCUUACCCUGUUGGACGAUAGCAGCCUGCAUCUCUGGGAGAUUGUUCACCACACUGGCUGUGCCCACCUGGAGGAGGUGCUCAGCUUCCAGCUGCCCAGUCGGCCAGGCUUUGACAGUGCCAGUGGCCUACCUGGCCUCACCCGCAUCACAGUGGUCUUGCUGGUGGCUGCUGGUGACAUGGCAGCCCUGGGCACCGAGGGUGGCAGUGUCUUCUUCCUGGAUGUUCCCACCCUGACGCUACUUGAGGGGCAGACUCUUGGCCCAGAUGAGGUUCUGCGAAGUGUGCCAGAUGAUUACCGGUGCGGGAAGUCACUGGGCCCUGUGGAGUCACUCCAGGGACACCUUCGGGACCCCACCAAAAUCCUCAUUGGCUAUAGCCGGGGCCUGCUAGUCAUCUGGAACCAGGCUGCACAGUGUGCAGACCGUGUCUUCCUGGGUAACCAGCAGCUGGAGAGCCUGUGCUGGGAGCGCAGUGGUAGCACGCUGGUCAGCUCACAUAGCGAUGGCAGCUAUGCAGUCUGGUCCGUGGAUGCUUGCGGCUCCCUGACGACGCAGCCCACAGUGGCCACCACGCCCUACGGCCCCUUCCCCUGCAAAGCCAUCAACAAGAUUCUAUGGCGAAACUGUGAAUCUGGGGACCACUUUAUCAUCUUCAGUGGCGGCAUGCCACGAGCUAGCUAUGGCGACCGCCACUGUGUGAGUGUGCUCCGGGCUGAGACUCUGGUGACGCUGGACUUCACCUCCCGCAUCAUCGACUUCUUCACGGUGCACAGCACGCGGCCUGAGGAUGAGUUUGACGAGCCCCAUGCCCUAGCUGUGCUGCUCGAAGAGGAGCUAGUGGUGCUGGACCUGCAGACGCCCGGCUGGCCCUCUGUGCCUGGGCCAUACCUAGCCCCGCUGCACUCAUCUGCCAUCACGUGCUCUGCCCAUGUUGCCAACGUCCCUGCCAAGCUGUGGGCCCGCAUUGUGAGUGCUGGCGAGCAGCAGAGUCCCCAGCCAGCCUCCAGCACUUUGAGGUGGCCCAUCACUGGGGGCCGGAACCUGGCCCAGGAGCCAUCACAGCGAGGGCUGCUGCUGACUGGCCAUGAGGACGGCACCGUGCGGUUCUGGGAUGCCUCUGGUGUGGCCCUGCGGCCACUCUACAAGCUGAGCACAGCUGGCCUCUUCCAGACGGACUGCGAGCAUGCUGACAGCCUGGCCCAGGCCACUGAGGAUGACUGGCCACCCUUCCGCAAGGUGGGCUGCUUUGACCCCUAUAGUGACGAUCCCCGGCUCGGUGUGCAAAAGGUGGUGCUCUGCAAGUACACAGCCCGGAUGGUGGUGGCAGGCACUGCAGGCCAGGUGCUGGUGCUGGAACUAAGUGAUACGCCAUCGGAGCAAACGGUCAGCGUGUCCAGCGUGGACCUCCUUCAGGACCGAGAGGGCUUCACGUGGAAGGGCCACGAGCGGCUGAGCCCACGCAUGGGGCCACUGCCCUGGCCUGCUGGCUUUCAGCCCCGAGUGCUCGUUCAGUGCCUGCCACCAGCUGCAGUCACUGCUGUCACGCUCCACGCAGAGUGGAGCCUUGUGGCCUUUGGCACCAGUCAUGGCUUUGGCCUCUUUGAUUACCAGCGCAAGAGCCCUGUGCUGGCCAGGUGUACCCUCCACCCCAAUGACUCCUUGGCUAUGGAGGGGCCACUCUCCCGGGUGAAGUCGCUCAAGAAGUCGCUGCGCCAGUCUUUCCGGCGCAUCCGCAAGAGCCGAGUUUCAGGCAAGAAGCGGGCUGCUAAUGCCAACAGCAAGUUGCAGGAGGCCAAUGCGCAGCUGGCUGAGCAGGCCUGCCCCCAUGAUGUGGAGAUGACUCCUGUGCAGCGCCGCAUUGAGCCUCGCUCGGCUGACGACUCCCUCUCGGGCGUUGUGCGCUGCCUCUACUUUGCUGACACGUUCCUUCGAGAUGCAGCCCACCAUGGACCCACCAUGUGGGCAGGGACCAACUCCGGCUCCGUGUUCGCCUAUGCGCUGGAGGUGCCAACGGCAGCAGCAGGUGGCGAGAAGUGGCCUGAGCGGGCGGUGGAGGCCGUGCUGGGCAAGGAGGUGCAGCUGAUGCACCGUGCACCCGUGGUGGCCAUUGCCGUGCUGGAUGGGCAUGGGCGCCCCCUGCCUGAACCCUACGAGGCCUCGAGAGACCUGGCACAGGCACCUGACAUGCAGGGUGGCCAUGCUGUGCUCAUUGCAUCGGAGGAACAGUUCAAGGUGUUCACACUGCCCAAGGUGAGCGCCAAGACUAAGUUCAAGCUGACAGCCCAUGAAGGCUGUCGUGUGCGGAAGGUGGCCCUGGCCACGUUUGCCAGUGUGGCCUGUGAGGAUUAUGCUGAGACCUGCCUGGCCUGCCUGACCAACCUGGGCGACGUGCACGUGUUCUCGGUGCCGGGCCUGCGGCCCCAGGUGCACUACCCCUGUAUCCGGAAGGAGGACAUCAGUGGCAUCGCUUCCUGCGUCCUCACGCGCCACGGCCAGGGUUUUUACCUGAUUUCCCCAUCAGAGUUUGAACGCUUCUCCCUAAGUGCCCGGAACAUCACAGAGCCACUCUGCUCCCUGGAUGUUAGCUGGCCCCGAGAUUCUGCCCAUGCCAGCCACAGGCUCCGAGAGUCACCCAAGCUGAGCCAGGCAAAUGGUACCCCGGGCAUCAUCUUGGCCCCACAGAGUCGUGAUGGAAGCCCAGAUCCUAUCUGCAGCAAGAGAUCUGACACCCUAGAGCUGCCUGAGGCCAUGCUCUCACCCAUGUCUAUCGACUCGGCCACCAGUGCUGACACCACGCUGGACACAACAGGGGAUGUCACGGUGGAAGAUGUGAAGGAUUUCCUGGGCUCUUCAGGGGAAUCUGAGAAUCUGAGGAGUCUGGGAGAAGAGGCGGCUCGAGCCUGCACUGUCCUGAGCAAAUGAGGCACUGCAGGCAGCGGGGCCCUGGGUCUGCCUGGCCUUCAUCGCUCAACAGCCUUGACCCUUGUGGGGUCUCCCUGCUCAUGCACCUGAAACCUCGGCAGGCCCUUGUGAUGGUGGUAUUCCCAAGGUCUGGCCACGUUCCAGGGGUGUCUUGCCAGGGGCUUCGGGGACCAACUCAGAUAUGAUUUUCAUAGUUUGGGAUUAGAAAAAGGCCAACCUGUCAAGCCCCAGGUGGUGUUUGGCCAUGGCCAGGCCAAAUCACUUAAGAGGUGGCAGCAGCUUAGGGCUCGAGAGUUGGUCUGGCCUUCCCACCUCACAGAUGAGCCUCACCCAGGCACACAAGGUCGGGCCUUGCUGGGUGAGCCCUUUGAGUGGGCCCAGCCUGGGGCCAGCCAGUCAGCCCUUCUGGUCUCAUUGUGGCCCCUGCCUGGAUCUGGGGCUGUGGAUCUGCCCAAGCUUUUGCUGCCUAGAGCGCCCCCACACCCCUGUGGCCUUGCCCCCCACCAGGCCAACACCUCAACCCCCACCUCUGUUGCUGGGUCACCAAAGCCCGUUCCUGGCUAUGCCCUGGCCUCAGUGGGUUGGACAUGGUCAAUACUCAGCCUGAACAGGCCCAUCUCAGGCUCUCACUGCAGGGCCUCUGCCCCUAGGUGGCUGGGGCAGCCUUUUGCCUGCCCUGGAGAGCAGGCAGAUUGGUGGCACCUAUAUGGCCAAACUACCAGGGUUUUUGCUGACCCCUCUUCCUUUCCUCUACUAGGAAGGCCAGAACUAUCCAGCCACCAGCUACCCUGCUUGGAGCUGGAACCCAUGGCCCCUGGCCCCUUCACGUAGACCCUACCUGCCCUGCCAGGGUGUGGGCCUGGGACUUGGCCCUGAGCUCUGGGGUGGACCAGCCCUUCCUAUGGGCAGUUGGCCACCCCUGAGGCCAGGUGCCAUGGGGAGAGGACAGCUGGGGCUGCCAGCCCACACCACCUCCCACUCCACACAUCAUCCGUCCCAACUUCCUUUGUAAAGAAUAUUUUUCUAAUGCCUGUGCUGGGCCAGAGAGUCAUUUCUAAAACUAUUUUGGUACUUGCUCCUGGGCUGGCACCCUGAGUCUGCGUGUUUUUUUCUUUUUUUUUUUUUUUUUUGUG